AUGGCGUUCAGGUAUCGUAUGUUGGAGAAUCCCAGUGGACCGUCGACCACCACCACUAUUUGUCCACGAAUUGCCCCAAUGGGUGUGUUCGAGAACAACACGGUGCACAGUCAAGGCUGGUUCGCUUUGUGGAUUCACGAAGACUAUUUCCCGACAACGGACGGAGUAUGUGGUUCAACCCGAUGGGACAAAGCUGUGUUUCGUCAACUAUUCGCUUGGAAUAAUGGUAAAGGUCCGGAGUGUGUCAACUGCGGUGGCGUACAAUUUCAGGACAUGUUACUGGUCAACAAUGUCGAGGCAGGGAUUGAGGGAAAAAUUCUGAAACUCGGUAAUUUGUACGAUCCGAUGACCGGACCAUUAUACAAAAAUGUCUAUGUGGUCGCACAUGAGGACAGUUUGACACCCACCGGCGAUCGAUGCAACUCACGUGCGGUGAUUCCACCAUGGUCUCCGGGACUGCGAAUAGAGAAUAUGAUCAUGCGUAACUUUAACGGACCAAAUUGCACCGCUUUGUUCGGGACAGUGAUCACGUGCCUUUGCACCGAGCUUUGCGGUGGUUACGAGUAUCGUAUACGAAAUAUUACUUGGGAAAACACGAACAACCGGGCAGAGUUUCGUUGGGCAUCAGAUGUGUUGUUCCGGGAUGAAGAUAGUUCAAUGGUAGCUGGAAUCACCGGUCUAAGGCCGAUGAAUGGAGCGCUGAUCAUGCCAUACGCACCACAUUUGCCCAGUUCCAAAUGCGGACCGACUGCUCCGGGAGCUGGGGAUUUGGGCCCCGCGUACGGACAGGGAACGGUCCGAGGUGUGCGCUGUUUACCGGAGGUUACCGCGAUUCGCUAUUCAGUCGGUCAGCUUUCACCGUCCCAAGGAGUUGGUGGCAAUAUGACAGUCACUUUGCUCAAAGGCAAUACUCAAGACGUUCCGUUCAAGUCUCGUGGUUUGACUGAGCCUAAUGGUUGGAUGACCACCCUGGUAAACAAUUACACCUUCGAAGUUGGAUGGCGUAACGCACCUGCUUUCACCAAUUUGAGUUACGUGGCCCAUGUGGAGAACUUCCGUCCAGGAGAUUAUGUUAUCGUCCGUCAUAGUGGCUUUGCAAAACAACCGGAUCGUGUUCAAGUUCUGGCCAAUCAAAAACCGAUAGCUCCUCCUACGGUGCCUUUGAAUCCGGCUAUCAACGAGACCGGAAGUGUUUACUUUAACGCUACCGGAAAAUAUGUGGAGUAUUUGCGUAAGUGA